AUGGAAUUCGACGAAGGGAUCGUCCGUAAACGGACCUGUCGGAGUUACCUGCAACGGGUACCACAAAGAAUGUCAGAGGUAGUGGAACACUUCUUCUAUGGAGUUGGGCUGAGAAUAGCCCAGAGACCACUGAAAUGGCUUAUCGGUAGCACUGUGGUAGUCUUAAUUUCUCUCACUGGUUUAUAUUCCUUCCAUCAAGAGAAGAAUCCUAUGAAGCUCUGGGUUCCACAGAAUUCAGAUUUUGUUCAUGACACAGAAUGGAUGAUCAAUCAGUUUGGACAGGGACUAAGACUGGAAAAUAUGAUAUUAACAGCAGAGAAUGUAUUAGAACCAAAGGCCCUCGCAACACUGAAUGAAAUAAUAAAGCAAGUUAUUUCUGUACAAACUCCUGACCAUAUUGCAUGGACAGAUGUGUGUUUCAAGGUGCCUGUUAUAUCAGGUAUUGUAAGGAGGGAAAAGCGUAGUAAUGGGCACGAUGAUUUUUUUGACAUAGAACCUGAUUCACAAAACAAUAACACAUUUGAACCUGCUGUUCAUGCAGAUCCUGAAUUAUAUUGUAAUAUAGUGAAUAAUUUGCCAAAAGCUUGCCUUUUAAGUAGUCUUGUGGACCUAUGGGAGUAUGACAGUAGUAUUAUUCUGAGUAAAUCUAGUGAAGAAAUUAUCAGGGACGUAAACGAAGCAACAGUCAGUCCUACCUUAGGGCAUCCCAUGAACUUCACAGAUUUAUUGGGUGGGGUAACAAGGAACAUACAGGGUAGAAUUACCUCAGCUAGAGCUGUAAAAACAGAAUGGGCAGUACACAUAAAUUUUUCAAAAGUGGACAUGGAUAACUUUGGCAAUCAAGUUGGAACAGCUGAUUGGGCCACAGAUGAUGUUUUUAAAUGGGAACUGUCUUAUUUAAAUGUAUUGCACAGAAAUGCAAAACUAUUAAAUAAUAAGAUAAAUGCAAAUCAUACCCUAGCCAUAUGGUAUGAAGCUGGUAGAAGUUUUGGGGAUGUUACAUUUGUGACAAUGUUUGGUAACAUUGACAUACUGUCCAUAGGAUUCAUUUUGAUGUUCAUCUAUGUUCUAGUCAUAUUUUCUGAUUACAAUUGGGUGGGAUGGCGUAUUUAUCUCACAAUAAUUGGACUUCUAUGCGUGGGCGGCGCAUUUAUAACUUCAAUCAGUGUGUGCUCUGCUCUUGGCAUUCCUUAUGGGCCUGUACAUACUUCUUUACCUUUUCUUUUAUUGGCUCUUGGAGUCGACGAUAACUUUCUGAUAAUGGCAUCUUGGAACGAAAUACAUGCGCACAAAUCAAACAGGAAUAAGCCUUUAGAAGAGAGAAUAGCUUUAAUGCUGGGACAAGCUGGCUCAGCUAUCAGUAUUACCUCUCUUACAGAUGUUGUUGCAUUUAUUAUUGGUGCAUCAACAAUAUUACCAUCCCUUCAGUCAUUUUGUAUAUACGCAGCAGUUGGGGUGCUACUGACAUUUUUACUUCAAAUCACGUUUUACAUUCCUUUCUUUACCCUAGAUGCUCAACGUAUUGAGAGCAAAAGGAACUCAAUGCUACCGUGGAUCGUUCACGAAAAUUUCACCCAAAAGUUCAUCAACCCACAAGACGCACUAUCGUCCAAAUUUAUCACGAAGUUGUACUCGAACGUGAUUUUAACAAUACCUGGAAAAAUAGUAAUAGUAUUAGUAACAUGUGUAGCUGCAUCGGCGGGCACCGUAGGUAUAUUGCAGUUACAACAGUGGUUCGACCCAACCUGGUUUGUACCGAACAGUUCAUAUUUAAGCAAGUAUUUUAACGUACGCAAUCUCGAAUACCCGGAUCGUGGUUACGAGUCAAUCAUUCUCAUGGGAGAGUUCAAUUACACUGCCGAGUUCCCUAAGUUAAUACAUUUAGCAGAAACUUUUACUAAUCUAUCGACAGUGCAGAGUUUAAACUCAUGGCCAAACGAUUUCACAAAAUUCGUCUUUAAAUAUUUUGAAAAAGAUUUAAGGACCACAACACUAAACGACACACAAUUUUACGAUUACCUAUCGAAGUUUUUAUUCAGCCGAGACGGCGGCAAGUAUCAACGUAACUUUCGAUUUAAGAGGGACUUAAAGUGCGGUCAAAACACGCCACUGAUCUUAGCAACCACCAUGGACUUCAUCUUCAAACGAUUCCACGGUCCUCAUCAGUGGAUCCCAGCUAUGGAUCAGAGCAGACUGGUAGCGCGCGAUAUCGGUGUUGAUGGAUUUGUUACAGUCUGGAGCGAAGUGUUCAGCCUGUGGACCACCGAUAAAUUGAUCUCUCAAGAAGUCCUGCGCAACGUGCUGUUAGCGUUAAUAUGCGUUAUGGGGAUGACAGGGUUGUUGAUCGCCGAACUGCAAACUUGUUUCUGGAUCUUUUUGUGUGUUCUUCUGACUUUAUUAAACGUCUGCGGAUUCAUGUACUUUUGGGGCCUGACAAUAGACAUUGCCUCUUGCAUUGGUCUAGAGUUGGGCAUUGGAUUGUCCGUCGAUUACGCGGCUCACGUUGCACACGCGUUCGUGCACGCUGCAUCGGAAAUUGGAAGCGAGGAUCGCACAAAAAGAGCCCACGUUGCAGUCCGAUACAUAGGCGCGGCGGUUGCGUACGGUGCUGGUUCAACGUUAUUGGCGCUGUCCAUGAUGGCGUUCUCCGAGAGUUACGUGUUCCACGCGUUCCUUAGGAUCUUCAUUCUGGUGAUAGUGUUCGGCCUGUGGCACGGUUUAUGCCUGUUGCCUGUUAUACUGAGCACAAUCGGCCCACGGAGUCUACGACCGCACGAAACUCCGCGGUCGUCGCCGGAGAAACACGAGGAGGCGUUGGACACGGUGACCAGCCCGUUGAACAAAGAAACGGAAAGUUAGAAGAACGCCACGACC